AACAUUUUCUCACUACCUCCAAAUUCAAAGAAAAUCUCAUUCUCUUAUUCAGUUUCUACAUUCCCUCCAAACGAUUCGUUUUGCUCCAUUUUCGGAUCUGAAAGCAAUGGAAACAACCACCACCACUACUACCGUCACGACGAAACCCGCCGGCGGAAGAAAAGGCGGCGACAGGAAGAAAGCCGUUUCCAAAUCCACCAAAGCAGGUCUUCAAUUCCCCGUCGGCCGUGUCGCUAGGUUCUUGAGGAAAGGCCGCUACUCACAGCGUCUCGGAACCGGUGCUCCGAUUUACCUCACCGCUGUCCUCGAAUAUCUCGCCGCGGAGGUUCUUGAAUUGGCUGGAAAUGCUGCGAGAGAUAACAAGAAGAAUAGGAUUAACCCUAGGCACGUGUGCCUUGCAGUGAGAAACGAUGAUGAGUUAGGAAAAUUGCUUCAAGGUGUUACGAUUGCUCACGGCGGAGUUUUGCCUAACAUUAACCCGGUGUUGUUGCCGAAGAAAACUAGUACUGCUGCUGAGAAAUCUACUGCUUCUAAGUCUCCUAAGAAAUAGAGUUUUAAUUUGUAUAAUGUUUAAAUUAGGUUUAUAUUUUGGUUUUACUUUAGAUGUAAUUUGGUUCCAAAUGAAAAGUUCUCUUUGAUCUAACUAUUUCGUUGGAUAAAAGUAGUGAUGGUUAAAUAUUAAUGAAGUAAUUUCCCCACAACGGUUUCUUUUU